AGUAAGACGAGCGUUCUGGUGCCUUGUGCGCACUUACACGCAUCAACAAGCAGCGCCGCGAGCAGCGACAGCCCGCUGACGACGCCUAAGGCACGCAACGGUGCGCAGAGCAACGCUGUAAAGAGGCUGCUCUCACACGCUGCCCAGGCCAGAUCACGCCGUGCGCGCCGCAUCGAUGGCGUUCUCCUAUGCGCUCGCAGCUACGGUACUAUGCCUCAUCUUGCCGCCCCUCGUGAUCCUGUAUCGCAUCGUACGGGUGCGCGUGCCGGGCCCGCUGCGGCCGCAGACGCUGCUGCUCGGGACGUUACUCGAUAAGAAGUACAUACCGGAUCUCUUCACAAGACACCGCUCGCUCGCGACGCUGCAGAGCGACUACGGCAAAACUUUAAGAGUGGUGGGACCGCUGGGAAAGGUAAUGGUCAUGUUUACCGGCUCGAUACCUAAGUGGUUCAGCGGUCGAGAUCUUGACAGUGGGAGGGAGGGCGUGAAUCACCUCCUACCUCGCUCGAUCCUCGGUCUACCUCUGGGACCGGAGUGGUCGCGCCACCGCCGCGCCAUAGCGCCUUUAUUCAGUGCGAAGAGUCUCGAGGCGCAGCUGCCACACAUCCUCGUUGCGUGCCGGGAGCUCGUUGACAGCAACCUCGCCGAAGCGGGCGUCUCGGACCUCUACCCGGUUAUUGGCGCCUGGGCGCUGGACAUCAUCGGGAACGUGGCGUUCGGCCACGAAUUCGGCGCGCUCGUGGGCGCGAAAUCAGGUAAGGAAUCGCGCUAUGCGACGGCUGCCGCCGGCCUCAAUGCUGAUAUACUGCGUCGCUUCGCGAAGGGUCCGUUUGCGAGCUUGGACCGCGCCGCCUGCGCCAAGGCCACGGCCGACAUGGAGGUCUUCCGCGAGACGGCAGCCGAGAUUAUCCGCGCGUCCGCGGCCCCGACGGCGCCCGAAGCGCUGCGGUCUUCGUUCGUCGCCCGCCUGGCCCACAAGGAGAAGCUAGCGCCGGAGGACUGUAUCCAGGAGAGCGUGUCGCUACUCAUAGCUGGGCAUGAGACGUCGUCGAACACGGCGUGCUGGAUCUUGCAUCUACUUGCGAGCAACCCCGAGGAGCAGGCCAAGUGCCGCGCCGAGGCCGAUAUGUCGCCCGCGACACCGUCAUACCAAGACUUUCUGGCCAUGACGACUCUCGUCGGCGCCGUCUACGAGGCACUUAGAUUAUAUACGAUUAUCAUCGGACCGGCCAAGAAGAUGACACGCGACGACCAAAUUCCUGGUGUGCCCAAGAAUACCUACGUGCUCCCAAACAAAACGGUAAUGGCCCGUUGUCCGAUGCAGUUCCCAUCGCCCGACAAGUUCGACUGUUCGCGUUAUGUGAAAGGACAGCACGGUCGUAUGGGUGAGCCGCACUGCCCCUUCGGCGCCGGCCCCCGGAUCUGCGUCGGCUACGCUUUGGCCCAGCUCGAGCUCGUCGCACUCCUCCACGCGGUGCUUCGCCGCUACGAAUUGUUCCCCGCGGGCCCGGGCUACCCGGAGCCGAGGGAGCACGUCCUCGUCACGAACGGCCCGCGCGAGAGCGGCCUCUUCCUGAAGCUCGUGCCGCGCUAGUUGUGUGAAUAAUACUGUUACUAUCCCACGAACGAAAGCGAUCGAUACAAACACAC